AAGAACAAUGGAAUGGAUUCGCUCUAGUGAGAUCACACGUUGUAGAUGAGUUGAAUGUUAAACUUCUGCUGAUCGUAGGACGAACGUCAGAGACUCGUGAUUGACACUACAUGCUGAUUAUCUUAUUCCGAUACAAAUUUUGUGAACUUUAUCGUCAAAAAUACACUUUAUUUUCAUUUAAAGAGAUAUAAUAUCGUACUUUGGUGUGUUUACUGGCAAUCACAAGGACAUGAUAAUCUUAGUAAACAUUGUUGGUGUGUGCAUUUGUUAUUUAAUUAUUUCUAUAAUCUCAUAACUUUUUGGUGAAAAACUCUGAAAUCAUAAAAGACUGGACCUUUUUCUUCAUAUUUCUAUCAAGUGUAAUUUACCUUCCUGUCAGAAAAUUGUAUUAUCUUUUGAACUGCAUUGUGACUUGUGACAUCAGUUCGCGUUUCAAGUUGUGAUAUUUUUAUAUUCUUCUGAUUUUAUUCAAAGGGUUGUAUAAACUUUUUUUGGGAAUGGAUUGAAAUCCUUUGUUUUCCCCUUUAUUCAAAAAUUAAUGGUGCUUCUGAAACGGUGCUUUCGGUGGCUAAACCUUUUGUUUCACAACAUCAUUGUGUGGACUGUCGUCUGUCAGGAGCGAGAGGUGAUGGCUAUGAACAAUUUUUGUCUUCCCACAAUGGAGAAUAUUAUUCGGUGGAAUAAUUAUUAAAAGGGCUCAGCAAUACACAGCAGAUCGUUUUGGUCUUUCAUGAUCAUAUUAUCAAGGAUGUCGUCCUCGGCUAAUUUGUGGUAUCACUUCGCAACCUUCUUAUACCUGGUCGGCACAGCUCAUGGUGAAUGUGAGAUACCAGCCGUUUGGGUGGGGCAGUGGUUCCAAAGCGGUGUCACCCAACCAAUCACCAUCAACUCUUCACACAUAAGUACUAAAGGAGAAUGCUACGAUCAUAUUGAUAACAAGAACUACAUCUUCAAAAGUAUGGAAAGAAACAAUCCCGAACCUUGUUAUAGCUGCAUCAACAUUCAUAUGAAGCAUACCAAUGUUCUUCAAUACAAAGAAACUCCAUCCCGUUCUUGCUCCCCGUUGAGAGACAAGGCCGAUCUUUGCAACGCUAUCGAUAUCGACUCUCAAUACUCGAUGUUCAGGAAUCGCGACGUGGAGCCGAUCAGCUGUCCUUUCAGGGCUCCACCCUUCAGUGUGUCCUAUAAUGGUGGCAGAGGCGUCUGCAACUCUCCCCCCUCAACAGCUGACUCCUGUACAGAUGACUCCCGGCUACUAUUCAGAUACGCUGCUUGCCCUGACAUCGCUGGCUCUCAGAGUGCAUUGGAAGAAAUGGUAUGCCUAGCCACUUGGAAAGAUGGUAGCGACCGAUUCUUAGUUGCCAAAUUGGAAAUGGAGCAUAAGCUAGCUGCACCGGAUGAAGACAAAUAUCGCUGUUUCCUGUAUGAGAGAAAGUUCAAUGGCGAAUACGACGUGGCUCAGAGUGGAGAUGCUACCUGCAAUGGCCUCCAGUCUACUCGUGAUGGCAGCAAAACUAUGACAUUGUCUCGCAAAGACAGUCAGCAUGAACGCUGCAAGUUCCCAGCUUGGGUUGUGAAUCAUCAUCAGUGGCGUAGUCUGGAUUUUGCACACACCUAUCAUUUCUCGCACAGAAAUGCUACGCUACGCGUUUCCGAAACGGAUGGAGAAAUUCACAGCCGUCUCGUCUGCCAUAGGAUCCACUCGAACGCUACUAGUCACCAGGUCUCAAUUGUCGCUCACAUCACUACAGGAUGUGACAAUGGAUAUAUCUGUAUGAUCUUCUAUCAAAGAGACGCACAUGUGAUUCAAGUCUACCGUUCAACUCGAAAAUCUCAAGAUGAAUAUGAAGCUUGUAAUCCUGAAUACUUUGACGUCUCCACUCCCACCAAUCCUGUAACUCUAGUCACUACUUCACUGAAACCGAUGCACUGCCCGAACCCAGGCCGUUUCACAAUUCAGGCGUCAGUGCAGCAGCCUCAUGCUGAACCCGUGCAAGAAGAGGUCCAAGUCAGUGAUACCACCAACCCCAGUCAGUGUCAGGGAGAGAUGCCGGCCUACACCUCUGUGGCAAUUGGAUGUACCGAACCCUCCGAUGUCAUGCAAUUCUAUUCUUCUUGUCCGGAAGAGCCCUCCAAAGGCUACAUCUGUCAUGGCAGUUGGACUGAGAACUUGACCAGCUACUUGGUGGUGUCCCCUGCCAGUCGUAAAUCCACAGAUGCCAAACACUACUGCUUCGUGUUCAUCCAGAAGCCUGGUGAAAUGAGUCUGCACCGCGUCGCUACCUCCUGCUUUCCCCCCGCUCACCCCACUCAAUGGUCUUACAAUAUCACUAAUCCUGGUAAAUGCAGCGAAAGUAGCGCUUCCAGGGACCUCACCGGCAUGAUCAUGCCAUCCGUUUUUACCGUUCUCGGCGCUGCAGUGGCUAUCCAGUUGCUUCGGUGAUGACUAAGAUUCGUCAUCGAAAAGUGCUAAGAAACCUUUGCCUGUCUCGGUAAGGCAAACAGAAGCCUUUGAGGACUGAUCAAUUGAGUGGUAUACAGACGAGAGAAGGACUUACUUUAUGGUGAUCACUUAUCUUCUAAUUAGUGAUUGUGUCUAUUAUGGUGCCAUCUAAUGUACUACUGCAGUUUACUCUGGCCUUACUGAAGAGUUGUAACCCUUAAUAAAUCGACAAUUUUUCUUCCGGAAAUUAACUUUCAAAUAGUCGAGGAAACUGAAGAAAUCUAUGAAUAAUUCCAUAAAAUAUUCUUCUUUGCAUAGUAAUUCACACCGAAUUUGGUCCCUCAAUCUAGUCGAAAAAAGAAAAUAAACUAAUGUAAUAUAAGCAAGGAUGAGCCUAGUUAAUCAGUAAAGUCUGUCUUGUAUCUUCUUAUCUAUCAUCCAAUAUUCUUUUCAUAGUCCACAGAGUAAAUCACUUUGAUUCAGAGAUUCAACCUCGUUCCUCCCCCUGAUGGCAACUCUUGAAACUUCAACUUCACAUGAACCUUGAACUCUUCAGAAUUUUCAAAUACUUCACAUGAACCUUGAACUCUUCAGAAUUUUCAAAUACUUCACAUGAACCUUGAAUUCUUCAGAAUUUUCAAAUACAUUUUUGAUGUAAUUAUCGGCUCGAAUUUAGAUAUUUUUCACUUUGAAAAUCCAAUCGACCUAUUUCUCGAUAUUUAAACCCUAAAAAUAUAAAAUCAUUAUUUCGUUCUGUAUAGUACACUUAGAUACAACCAUAAUUCUAUUGUGCUGGCUUAGGGUUGUGAAUUAUAUGGCUUAUGAAUGAAAUAACUCUACAUUCCAUUUUGUGAACAUGAGAGGAGAGUACUGUCAGGGGCUUAUUGUAUAGUGUAGUGAUUUUGCGGAAUGCUACACUUUUUAAAAAUGCAUGACCAGUUGAUAGGAAUCGAGUUUACCAGCAAGACAUGUAAGUCCGACUAGACUCAUUUUAAACGUUCGCUUAAAAAUCUUUAAUCUAUAUCCCUAAUGUUUUACAGACUGAGAUUAGUUUUCUACUUUGAGAAUAUUGACUGAAUCUUCAAGCUUUAUUCAAAUUUUGUUGGUUGGUUAUUUAUUGAGUUACAGUAUAUUGAAAAAUGGAAUAGUUUCCCAUUUCACGAAGGAAUUUUAAAUAAGAAUUAUGCUCCAGUCAAGCAUUGUUCCACUAAAUUUAUAUUUACUUUUGCAGAAUUGAUGAAUUGAAACCCUUAUAUUAUAAUUCCUCGAUAUCAAUUUGAAAAAAAUAUAUGUAUAUUGUUAUUUAACCUGCUUCAAAUUUCUACGUAAAUCUGUGUAUUGAUGUUGUAUUUCAUCGGUGCAAAUGUGUGUUAUAUUUGUAGGAUAUUGUUAAAAAAAACUUCUUAUGGUAGCUUUCUGAAAUGAAUCAGAAUUUUUCAUGUUUAGUAUAAUAUGACUGGUGUUUCAUAUUUCGAUUAUAUGGAUUAUUAUGAGCAUUCAGAUGCCUGCAAAAAACCAAAUCAUUAGAGUUUAUGAUUGGGAUAGAAAUACAAUUCGAUGUUAGUCAGUAAUUUAAAAUAUUUAGAAUAAAUAUUCCCCGGUGGAACUCCUCUUCUCUAUCCGCUACCGGUGCUCGGUCCACCUAAAAGUAAGCUUACCUCCUGUAAGUUGAUAAGUUGACCUUGUCGCCAGUAAGUAUCCAUUUGGUGAGCUAUGUAGAUAAGUGUUCUGUAAUUAUAUAGUCACUGAUUUUCCACGUAAAAAUGGAACUAUAAUGAUGUGUUAUCUGUAUAAAUAUUAGUAAUUAUACGUCUUAUCCUUUGUAAAGUAUUAAAAGUUCAUUUGAAUGAAUGAAUGCUUUCUAGAAAAAAUCAUUGGAAAAUAGAUAAUGUAUUGUAUCUUUUUCUGAUCUCUUUUCAAAAAAUGAACGGAAACCAUUCCAAGUGUAAUACUUCAAGGUUUCCGUAUCAAAUCUCAGAUUCUUAAGCAUUUCUAUUGUAGCAUAGGCUUUUGUGAUGCAAGUUGUAAUUUGAAUAAGAUCCAUGGGCUGAUGAUGAUAAUGAUUCUGAGUAUGAUUUUCAACGCUAUAUUUCUUCAUUCCUAUGUAGUUUAUUUCCAAGUUGGAAAAUAUGUUGAAAUUUUUUAGUUUUAUAGUUGAAGUAUUGGUAUUGCAGGCAGUACUGCCGCUAGUAGCCUGCUGAGUUGUCCUCUUGCCUAUAUUAUGACUGAAUAUUUAAUGAGGCUGUGAUAUAUUAAAGUGAACGAAGGAACUAAAUUUAUUGUCACCAUUCCCUUUGAAUCGUGAAGAAUAUAUUUUAUUACAACAGUCAUCUAAACGAAUCAUAUACCAAAUUUAUUCAAGAGUGUUUUGGAAGGAAUAAGGCUGCGUUUAAAAUAUAGGCUACUUAGAGUAUGGAAGUCAGAAUAGUUUUCGGCAUAUUAAGAUGUAUGAGACACUUUCAUGUCGCUGUCUUAUGCUCAAGUCAUUAGUAAUUCAAUGCAGUGGUUCUUUUCCCUUUGAUAACCGGCGAGGAUUAUCAGAUGGAAGAGCCAAUGUAUCUUUUAUAAAAAUUCAACCUAUCUUUCGAAUUCUUAUUUGGUGAGUAUUAUCAAAUAGAAGAGCCAAUGUAUCUCUUAUAAAAUUUUAACCUAUCUUUCAAAUUGUUAUCUCCGUACUUUCUAUCCUUCAAUCUUCAAUCAGUUAUAUAAUUACUUUAUUAUGAUUGUAUAUUAUCUAAAUAGUUGAUGUCUAUAUAAUAUGAACAGUAUUUUUGUAAUAAAUAGUAUUUUCUGAAGUUUUAUUUCUAAAAAGUAAUUUUGUUUAGUUUUCUCACGUAAUAAAAUGUUAUUAGAUGUUAUACAUACCCAAUAUUAUAUCUUCAAUUGGUGUCAUGUAGAAUGUUAUUGAAUAAUUAAGUGAUUCUUAUUGUAUAUUGUUGAUAUAUUCACAAUGGAAGAGGAAACAAGGGAAUGAUACCAAACAAGCAAGAGACAGAGAGACAUCGCCCUUUCUAUGUCUAACAGGAUCACAUAUUUAUGCAAAUCAAACUGUGUGUUUAAUAUAUUAUAUUGAAAAUAUAUCAAUCUCAUUGAGCACACAUUUGUAGUGGUUUUAUGUUAUAGCACAGAUUGUAGAAUAUGUAUAGAAAAAUAAUAAUACUCGAUUGAAAUGUUUUAUGUAUAUCUAACAUUAGACGCCACUUUUGAUGUGAGUCACUCCAAGAGUUUCACUCCUAGUGGAUCAACAUAUUAAAAUAUGUAAUCGAUGAAUGUUAAAUAAGUGGUGUUUAUGUCUAGUAAUUAAUUCCUUAUAACAAAAAGUGUACUCUGUGUUUUAAGAGGUUCAAACCUCAAAUUUAUCCUACUUUCUAAUAAAAUCCCGAGAUUGAUGUUGAACCAAUGUGAAACUUUGCCUAAAUGUCUCUGCUGUGUUAUAAGCUAUAUCUUCAGGAUGAUCAUUAAUUUGUGGUUUGAGCAUAAAACUCAAAAUUUGAGUAUGUGAAUGAGUUUUCUUGGCAAUUUUGAGAACAAGUAUUUGUCAUAUUAUGGACAGAUACCCGUGAUGAUUAAUUUAAAACAUCUAUUCUCAAUAUCCAAGGAGACAACGCGGUGCGAUUUUGGAUGCAGUUGAAACUAAAUCCAUGAGAGCUUGAAGUUGAUUCCUGAGUAUUCAGUGUCUAUUGUAAAAUAUAUGUAAGCUAAUAUUCAAACUGGAAAUAUUUGUUGGAAACGUUAACAUAUAAAUGUAUAAGUCUUGAGUGUUAUAAAGAUGGUUGCAUCCAUUAUUCGUAUUUUAACUAGUUUUCAACUUUUUCUUGGUGUUGUUGCUUAAUUAGUGUUAUUUGAAAGUAUUCCGCUCCGCU